AGCCGCAUCGCUCCUGCUUGAGAUAGCUCCGCGCCACUCCGGCGCGGGGCAUCCCAAGCCUGGAACGCGGACCGCCGAGAGACAGAGGCCGCUCAGAGGAAACAGCGAGGGCGGGGCGUGGGCAGGCGGCGGCGUAUCGCGCAGACGGGGCUGGUCCCGCGCACUAUUUUCUUCAGCGGAGGGAUUCGAGGUGUCGCUAGUUGGGCUGGAGGUGGAGAGGGGAGGAGGGAGGCAGGGCCAAGAUGGCGGCGCCCUGUGGGCUAGAGGAGCCCCGAGUGGUAAACAGCUGAGUUGGAGAGAAGGAGGGUGAUCAUGAAAGGUGCCAGAUUGACAGCACUGGAAACUGAAGUCCUACUUGUCCACAGAACAGUCCUUGUUUAGAAAAACAUCUCAAUACAUGUGAAAAGGCUAACUGUGGGUGUGAAUCUGAACACUGUAUCCCACCCAGUUUCUUAAUCCUGGGUAUUAAAGUCCUGAUAAAGUUGACACUGACUGAUUCUACAGCUAAACAGUCUAACAGAUAAACUACAGCAUCCCAUUCUGCUUGACCCAUAAUAGGCUGUGGUCUUCUCGUUGCUGUUGAUUUGGCUCUUGACUUCAAGAUAACAGAACAAGUCUGGUAGGGGCACCAAUGAGGAACCUGAAGAAGUUUUAACUUGCACAUUCACAUAACACGUGCAUAAGCCUAUAGUAGUAAACAGAAUGGCCCAGCAAGCAAAUAUUGGUGAGCUCUUCUCUAUGUUGGAUUCUUCAGUUCUGCUUGUCCAGGAAGAUAUAACAGCUGUCUUCAAAGAUAACCUCAACUCUGACCGUGGACCGGUGCUUGUGAAUAUGCUAGUAGAUUACUACUUGGAAAACCAUUCUCAGCAGGCAUUGCAGAUCCUGUCCACACUGCAAGAGCCUCAUGACAAGCACCUACUGGACAAAAUUAAUGAAUAUAUGGGCAAAGCUGCUACCCGUUUACAUACUCUCUCACUGCUGGGUCAUGUGAUAAGACGACAGCCAUCUUGGAAACAUAAACUUUCUCAAGCACCUCUCCUGCUUUCUUUACUUAAGUGUCUUAAGACUGACACAGAUGUAGUAGUACUCACCACUGGUGUCCUAGUGUUAAUAACCAUGCUGCCAAUGAUUCCACAGUCUGGCAAAAUGUACCUUCAUGAUUUCUUUGGUAUAUUUGGCCGUCUCUCAUCCUGGUGCUUGAAGAAUCCAGGUCAUGUGGCAGAGAUCUAUCUCGUCCAUCUCCAUGCCAGUGUUUAUGCUCUCUUUCACCGCCUUUAUGGAAUGUAUCCUUGCAACUUUGUCUCCUUUCUACGCUCUCACUACAGUAUGAAGGAAAACUUGGAGACUUUUGAAGAGGUGGUCAAGCCAAUGAUGGAACAUGUACGAAUUCAUCCAGAAUUAGUGACUGGAUCCAAGGACCAUGAACUGGACCCACGAAGGUGGAAAAGACUAGAAACUCAUGAUGUUGUGAUAGAAUGUGCCAAAAUCUCCCUGGACCCAAAAGAAGCCUCAUAUGAAGACAGCUAUUACUCUGUGUCACAGUCAGUCAGCAUAUGCUUGCAGCCUCGUCAAAUUGACCCCAAUGCCAGUCCUUAUAUUGACACACACAGCAGCUACGGAACUUCCACUUCUACCCCUUAUUCCACUCCUAGGCUAACCCUAUCACAAAUGCAAGGGCAGCUACCUCAGAUUCUGAGCCCACAGUCUACGCGGCUGUCAACUGAGCCACAGCAGGUUACCAUCUGGAGCCCCUCUGCAAUUUGUGGUAUGACCACUCCACCAACCUCUCCAGGAAUUGUCUCGUCUGAGUCCUCACAAACUUCAUCACAGCCUUAUAGCAAAUAUUUUAGCACACCUGCAGGUGGAAAAGGAACCCCUCUAGGAACACCAGCCACCUCCCCUCCUCCACCCUGCAUUUCAGAUGACUUUGUGCAUGUUUCACUCCCUUCAGCUGCUGCCACACCUCCGAAGAAGGAGGACAAACCGGAUCCCGGGAGGCCUUCGCUGUCCCGACAGCAAAAUGUCAUAAACAGCGAGAAAGCAUUGGAAGUGCCUGGCAGUAAAAGUUCUGUAAAUUUAAGUGAUCUUCCAGAAUUUUUAGGUUGCCUGGCCUCUGAUGAAGAUAGUGUUGAGAAGGACAGAGAAGAAGAGACUUCAUGUUGGAUGUACAGCAACUCUGCACAUAUUUUGGAUGAGAAUGAAAUAUCCUUAAUUCCUGAAAGAAAUUUUUGCUGUCAAGAUGCAAUAUCAAAAGAGAUCUCUGAGAUCACUACAGCAGAUGCUGAGCCUGUGGUGCCUAGGGGAGGAUUUGACUCUCCUUUUUACCGCACAAGUGAGAGUUUACCAGCCUCUCAAAGGAAGCCCCAUUCAGUAGCCUCCAGUGUUCAAGGACACAGUCUGAGCUCUGAACCGUUAGCCUCGUCUCUGGACAAAUCUGGGCCUGAGGGUGCACGAGACACACCUAAACAAGCAUUUACUCCCAUUGACAGGCCCUGUGUAGCCUCUGAUGAAAGCCCUGCUGGUAACAGGGUAGGCCAAUCCUCUAUGGAGACCAGUAUCCUCACUCCCAGCCCUUGCAAAGUACCAGCAAAGAGAAGAAUGGGGUUUGGGAGCGGGCAGCCUCCCUCAUAUGAGCACCUUUUUGAGGUUGCAUUACCAAAGACUGCCUACCUCUUUGUUAGCAAGAAGACUGAGGAGCUGCUAAAGAAAGUCAAGGGAAACCAGGAUGAAGACUGCACAUCUUCCACCUCUCCAAUGGAAGUACUGGAUAGACUGAUACAGCAAGGAGCAGAUGCACAUACCAAGGAGCUCAACAAAUUGCCUCUGCCAAGCAAAUCUGCUGACUGGACUCACUUUGGAGGUUCUCCCCCUUCAGAUGAGAUUCACACCCUGCGUAACCAGCUGCUUUUGCUACACAACCAGUUAUUGUAUGAGCGCUUCAAAAGGCAACAACAUGCCCUUCGGAACCGGCGACUCCUGCGGAAAGUGAUCAAAGCAACAGCACUGGAGGAACAUAAUGCUGCCAUGAAAGAUCAGCUGAAACUACAGGAGAAAGAUAUCCACUCCUUGAAGCUUAGUCUGCAGAAAGAGCAGGCCAGAUACCACCAAUUUCAGGAAGAACAUGAUAAUAUAGUGGCUCAGCUUCACAGCCAGAUCCGACAGCUGCAACAUGACAGGGAAGAAUUCUACAACCAGAGCCAGGAAUUGCAGACCAAGCUGAAGGACUGUAGGAAUAUGAUUGCAGAUUUGAGGUUAGAAUUAAAGAAAGCCAACAACAAGGUGUGUCACACAGAGUUGCUUCUCAGCCAAGUUUCUCAGAAGCUUUCCAACAGCGAGUCAGUCCAGCAGCAGAUGGAGUUCUUGAAUAGGCAGCUUCUGGUUCUUGGGGAGGUCAAUGAGCUGUACUUGGAACAGCUGCAGCACAAGCAUGCAGACACGACAAAGGAAGUGGAAAUGAUGCAGGCUGCCUUUCGGAAAGAACUGGAGAAAGCAAAAUUCUGUGUUCAACAGCAAAGCCAGAGGCUUGAUGCCUCCCAGAAGCGGAUAGUUGAACUGGAGUCUCAGCUUUCUAAGAAAGAUCACCUGUUACUGGAGCAAAAGAAAUAUCUGGAGGAUGUCAAAAUCCAAGCAAGAGACCAGCUGCAAGCGGUAGAGAGCAGAUACAAAGCCCAGAAAAGAAUUACACAAGCCUUUGAGCUGGAGAUUUUAGAUCUGUACGGCCGAUGGGAGAAGGAUAGCCUAUUGAAAAAACUUGACGAUGAAAAAACAGAAGCAGCUGAAGCAGCAGAAGAAAGGCUGGAUUGUAGUAAUGAAGGUUUUGCAGACUCUGUGGCAGGAUACAGUGAAGAAGCAAUUGGUAGAAAUGGAGAGACCAAACCUCCGAGCACCCGGGGUAGUAGUAGCAGUAAAGGCAGCAGCAGUGAGCUGUCCACCCCAGAAAAAUCCCAGAACCAGAGGAUGGGUCAGUUCAGCAGUCACUGGGAAGCAUCCAUGUUGCUGGAGCCUUCCACUAGCGUCCCACUAACUGUAGGCUCACUCCCCAGCUCCAAGAGCUUUCUUGGAAUGAAAGUGCGUGAAUUAUUCCGCAACAAGAGCGAGAGCCAGUGUGAUGAGGAGGGUAUGACCAUCAACAGUCUUUCUGACACUCUAAAGAGUGAACUAUGUAAAGAUCCAAGCAUGGUGGAGGCAAAGGCUCCUUCAAGCCCCGACAACCCCAGCCCCUCGCCCAUGAACCAGGAAAGCAGUGUUGGACAGCUUCAUAUCAUGGACUACAAUGAAACUCAUCAUGACCACAGUUAAAAAGGAAGAUAGUCAAUCAGUGUUAUUUUCAUAUUCUUGGCAUAGAACAGGAGGCGCGAAUGCAAGUUUAACUAAAAGCUUUUAUGUUUCAUUGGUCUGAGCAGCUAGCUCGAGCAGUGGAAACAGGAGUGAUGUCUUUUUACAUAAGAUGACUGCUGAAUGAAUGCAAAAUGGAUUUAGGGUCUGGAAUGGUAAUGCCCAACCUAACUUUCUUCUGCUUCUCCUCUCUCAAAUCCCAUCAUUAGCAGUGUGUACUAAUUUGAAGGGGCAACUGUUAGCAUUUAUAAGUAUUUUUUCCCUUCUCCCCUCCCCAAUGAGUGGUUGCAUCCUAUGAACUUGAGUGCAAUAUGAGGCCAAAUUAACGUUUGUGAAUCUACCUAUGAAUGCUUAGUGCUUUACUUAGCUGAAAUUUCUCAGCAAGCUUCCAAUUUAGAACAGUUAAUUGUGUUGCCCUUGCAGGUGAUUUUGGUUAUGUUCUUCUGGAAAAAAGCAAAACCAGAGUUUCUAGUGCAUUCAUCUGAAGGUCUUUAUUUUGCCUGUUUGUUUUCCCCCAACUCUGGUCUUCGUAGAUUGGACUAUGGUCAAGUGACUGAAUGGUAAAGAACAACACACAUCUGCAAACUGAUGUUGCAUUCACCCCAAUUCAUAAUCAUUGUUUCUUUUGUCCUUAACAUUUCCUGGAAAAUUAUAUGUGAACAAACAUUGUCCUUCCCCAAGGAACUGCAAACUAUUUGCUGAGGUCUCGUUAAAAUACUUGCUUCUGAUUUUUUUUUUUCCUCCCCUUGGGUGGGUAAGGGGGAUGUUCAUUGUUUGUUUGACAAACUGGUACUUGUCUGACCUUAAAUUGUUGCGUGAGUGGAGGUGAUGAGAACUGAAUACUGAGUGCAGGGAGAUCCAGACAAGGACAGUAUGUAGAGAUUUUGUGUAAAGUGGCGGGUUCACCAAAACUUCCAAGUGAGCAUUUUGAAGAAGAUUCUGCAAAUGUUUCUCUAAGCUGGGAGACAAUUGUGCUGCCUGGACUCUUCUUUUCAUUGUGAUCUUUGUCCAGGCUAACCAAGACAGUCUCAUUCUGGGUUGAAGAAUCUCAAACAUUCUUCUUCCCAGGAAUAGUUUAUAAGAUUCCAGGCUUGAAUCAAGAAUCAUUGGAUAAACUCCCAAAGGAAGUCCUCCCCCUAAUGCUAUUGCUCUCUUGGAUACAGAGGUCAUGGCAGUUCAAUUUGUGGCUACCUAGUUUUCUCUCUCUCUCUCUCUCCUUCCCCUCCAUUCCACUCUCCCAAGCAGCUGAGCUUGCUGUUGGGCCAGUGUAUGUAGCUCAAAAUGAUAUACAGGACCCAAUCCUGCAGCCUUCCCAUCUUUAUUAUUCCCAUUGAAGUCAAUGGGGAGUCUUGCAUGCUGAAGGACUUUGGGAUCAGGAUUUAUGUCGGUCUUCAAACUCUGGUUUCCUUCCUGUCAGAACAGAGCUCCAUUAUUAGGAAAGAGAGAGACGUUCAUGUCUGUGAGAUUCUGAUAUGUCUGGGUCCAGGAUCACUUAGUCUGUAAUAUGACCUUUUAAAGCGUCAGAGCCACGCUGCCCCAGUGUUCAUUUUGUUCCUACUUUUACAGAUGUCGUCUUUUUUUUUCCCCCUUAAACAGUCUACAGGGGUGGUGGUAAGAAUCUUCCGAAAGGUAACUACACUUGUACUCUGUUUUUCUAGCUUGACCUAAUCUAAGUAGGGAUAGAACUGAUCAAAGCAGGCUGGCAUUCUGCUAACCUGACAAACAGAGCUGCUGUGAUUUCCUCCCCUUCCAACUCCCCCCACCCCCCCUGUUGCCCAACCAGACAAUACCUUCCCUUCCAUUCCACCUCUCCCAUAACACCUAUGGUCUGUAUACAUUUCUGCCUGUCAGCCAGUCCUGACUCUGAAAGUAAAGGUGAAUUUUGGUGUUUUUUUCAAAGCUUGAACCUGCACAGAAUAGGAAAUAGUGUCACUUACAAGUGACAUUGACUGGUUUUGUUGACACGUCUGUAGGUUUUCUAAGACUUGGUGGUAGUUGCAAUAGCAAAUGAGUGAAGACUCAACGGCUUCAUAUCCCACUCACCCAGAAGUGAACAGUUUGCACAUUGCCCCUAACAGGGCUAACUCAGCUAUUGGAUACAGUUCUGUUAUGGGAAUCAGAUAGACCCUCCCUUCAGUUUGGCAAUUCCUAACAGACUAUCCUGCCACAUGGUGACUCACUUCUUUUAGUGGAGGGACUUUUGUUGUUGUUGUUAGUAGCAAAAAUGCUCUGGAGCUAAUCAGAGCUCAUCAGUAGGUGGCCUUUUCUCUUUUAAAAGGAUGUUAGCACUGGGAUGGAAUCAGAAACCACUUUAGACGGUUUAUCUAUGGACCACAAAGAUUAUGGAGGAACAAAUUUUGCCAUUGUUCUUGUAAAUCUCUAAAAUUAUGGAUCUACUGUAUGUAGUAACUUGCAUUUUGUUUAAAGGGAUCCCAUCAAUGAAGUGGAGACAGAUAUUUUUAACUGACUGCUUUUAGUUAAAUCUAAAAACGCUGUCUUUGUCAAAAGUUAAUCUGUUCCCUGCCUCGCUCUUUGUAAGCAUGUUAAACAAUCCACAUUAAAUGCCAUAAAUAUGAAAUACAAGGAAAAAUGGUACAAUCUAAGCUAAAGAGAACUUUAAACCAAAAGGAGGUUUUGCUGUCCUUAUUAGAAUGUUCUAAAAUGUCAAGGCAGUUGCUUGUGUUUAACUGUGAACAAAUAAACAUGUAUUGUUUUGCACUA